AUGGAGAGUAUUACUUCUCUGGAUAGUGUUGCACCUUCAGAUUUCAAAGACUUAUUGGAUGCUGCACUUAAACUCCAUGCAGAGAGUACCUGCUUCCUGCAAGAAACUAGGUUCUUCUCUACUGCCACCAAGGAAGAUUUAGAUCAAUCAACCAACAAGCGAUUACUUACUACGCAUCUUGUGAAAGUAGCAAAAGCCUUGGUAAAGCGCCAUGAAGAUCUGAAUACGCACUAUGGCUGGGUAUUGGCUUCUGAUCGCAGCUGCGUCGAUAAAGCGCUUCGCAGCGUGUGCACAGCAGACGGCGAGCCUAGAGAGUGGUUCACAGGCAUGGUCAAGAACUUGGAGGUUUUUUAUAUUGCUUCAAAACAUGUCGUCAAUAUUUAUGAAGAUUUUUUGAGCUAG